AUCACUUGUCUCCAGACUCCAUCUUGCAACUCCAAAAUGGGACGUCGAUUCUCACUUGCUCUUCCUACUGAUAAUCGCGUCCGCGGUUGCUUCACGCGCUCACAAGCUCAAAUCCGCCACGUUCCUAUCAUCGGAGCUCGUCCUAGCUCCCGGCUCGUUAACCAACACGCUCCACUACGACGUUGGCUUCCCGACUGGCCACAUCGGCAUCAAGAGCUUCCACGUCGAGCCCGUCGACUCCUCCGGCCGCCCCAUCCCGCUCUACGAGACGUAUCUCCAGUCUCCACCACUGGGAUCUGUUCUGAUACGUCGUCCCCAAGGGCACUGGUGGUAGAUCGUCAUCAUCGUCAUCCGACGAUGACUCUGCCAUGGUCGUGCGCAACGACGGGAUAUGUCAGGGAAACAUUCUGGGCAUGCACUACGGCUCCGGAUCAGAGACCAGGAGGACGGCGACGUUUCUCCCCGAUCCCUACGCGAUCGAGAUCGGGAACCCGGAGGAGGGUUUCGAGGAGAGGUGGAUGCUCGCUAUCCACGCGAUUGACACGAGAGGGGUUGUGGAUGGAUUGGGAUGCAAGGAGUGUUUGUCUGAAUUGUACAAUGUGACCGUCGAUGGUGGGUAUGAGGGUGGAUUAAAGUGCUGUGAAGAUGGCGGUCAGUAUAUGGUGAAACUAGGGUUUCAGGGUAGCAAUAGGAGCGUGUAUUUGAGGUACACAGUGAAAUGGGUUGAUUGGCUGGAUGGUGAGUUUCUCCCCGUGUAGGUGUUCAUCGUUGAUGUUACUUAUACAGGGGAAAGGGGUAUGGCAAAAACUACUAGUUGCCAGAUUGAGUAUGAGGUUGAGCCGUGUAGUAAUGGUGAUGAUGAGUGGUGCGUUGAUGUGAAGAGAUUACACUUCACUCUGCCUGCGACUGGUUAUGUCGUCUAUGGUGUUGGCCACCAGCAUUCUGGAGCAAUCGGUCAAGCUGUCUAUCGCCAGGAUGGGGAAGUGAUAUGCAAGUCAGUCCCGAUCUACGGAACAGGGCACGAAGCUGGAAACGAGGCCGCCUUCGUGGUAGGGAUGAGCACCUGUUACCCUGAACCAGGGUCAGUGAAGGUAACGGCUGGCGACCAGCUCAUUCUGGAAACAAACUAUUCAAGUUGCGGGACAAGGGGCCACUUCGGAGUUAUGGGCAUCUUCCACAUCUUCAUUGCUGACCAACUACCACCAGCACCACCAACCUGGGCAGCUGCCUUGCUCCACCGUUCGAUUUCUGCCGCUCAUGUGUUCCAUGGAUUUAGUGCAGAGUCUUGGACAAUCCUUGCUGUGUCAGGAUUAGUUGCUCUUGUUGGUGUCGUUGGCUUCAGCAUCUGGCUAAAGAAGCAGAGGGGAGCGGAAGAUGGCUACCAAGUCAUUAUGGCAUGAGCUUAGUAUGAUAGACUUGAUAGUCCGUUUUAGUUUUCUGUUGUAGUGUCCAAAUAGAAUGAAAUUAGACGUCUAAAAAAACAUGUUUAGUUAGGUUGUAAGUCCAUUACCGUGAGUCUUGUAGCAAAUAGAUUGC